AGGAGACGUCACCCCGCAGAGCAUCCGACUAACUUUUCAUGUUUCUGGAGGAUUUUUGUGUUUCUUUGUUUUGUUGAAACUGUAUCACAGACAUGUCUCGGACCACACAACUGCAGGAGCUUCCGGACCCUGAACCGCAGGACUCUGAGGAGGUGACAGCAAUGGUGUGUCUGGAGUCAGACCUGCAGGAUGGACAGAUGUUGGAGGUGGAGGUGGGACAUCACAGUGUUCUGUUGACACGCAGCGAGGGCAAAUACAGUGCCAUUGGUAACCAGUGUACACACUAUGGUGCUCCACUCAGCAAAGGGUUUAUUUCAGGACACACAGUGCGCUGCCCGUGGCAUGGUGCUUGUUUCAAUGUCCACACAGGAGACUUGGAGGAGUUCCCUGGCAUGGACUGUUUACCCUGCCACAAGGUUGAAAUUCAAAACAGCAAAGUAUACGUGUCUAUAAACAAGAAGACACUUGGACAGGAGAAAAGAAUAAAGAAUAUGGGAGGUGCAGUGCCAGGAGCAACUCGCACCAUUCUGCUGCUUGGAGGAGGAGCUGCGUCACUGAUCUGUGCUGAAACUUUGCGACAAGAGAAGUUUGGUGGCAGAAUCAUCAUGGCUACCAGAGAUGAACUGCUGCCCUACGACAAAACCAGACUCAGCAAGGUGAUGAACGUGGAGAGUGACAGUAUUCUCCUGAGGAGGAUGGAGUUCUUCCACAAGUACGACAUCGAGGUGUGGCUCAGGAAAGAAGCGAUGUCAGUGGACACGGAGAAGAAGAUGGUCACAUUUCAGGAUGGUUCAGUCCAGAGCUACGACCAGCUCCUCAUCUCAACAGGCUGCAGAGCUAAAGCUCUGGACCUGCCCGGGAUGAAGCUUGGCAACGUCAAGAUGUUGGAGACACCAGAGGAUGCUCGGCAAAUCCACGCAGUCUGUCUGGGCUGCAACGUUGUCCUUGUAGGAACCUCAUUUGUCGGGAUGGAAAUCGCUUCUUAUUUGAUAGACAAAGCCUCCAGUAUCACCGUGAUCGGCAGCAGUGAGAUGCCGUACCAGAACACGCUGGGAAGGGAGAUUGGAAAAGUCACCAUGUCGAUGCUGUCGGAGAAAAGUGUGAAGUUCUACAUGAACGAUAACGUGACAGAGGUCAGAGGUGCUGAUGGAAAGGUGAAGGAAGUUUUGCUAAAAAGUGGGAAAGUUAUUCCAGCCGAUGUUUUGAUUGUUGGCAUUGGAAUCAAACCGAACUCAGAAUUUCUGCAGGGCAGCAAAAUACAGAUGGACUCCAAAAACUUUGUGAUAGUCGACAAGUUCAUGCACACCAGCGCCCCUGAUGUGUACUGUGGGGGCGACCUGUCCAGCUUCCCCUUGAAGAUGGCCAAAAACCGAAUGAUCAACAUCGGACACUGGCAGAUGGCACAAGCACAUGGGAGAAUAGCAGCUCUGAACAUGAUGGAUAAACACACUGAACUCAGAUCAGUUCCUUUCUACUGGACCGUCCUACUUGGUAAAACCAUCCGAUAUGCAGGCUAUGGGGAGGGAUACACUGAGAUUGUCAUGAAAGGAAAGUUUGAGGACAGGAAGUUUCUGGCGCUGUACAUCAAAGAUGACGAGGUCGUAGCUGCAGCGAGUCUGAACUACGACCCCGCUGUGUCUGCAGUGGCUGAGAGGCUGGUGGCAGGAAAAAUCAUCACGAAGAGAGAGGCUGAAUCAGAUGACCUGAGCUGGCUGCAGUUGUCCUGAUCUAAACGUCCCUCCAUUUAUCCUCAACACCUCAUCCGUACAAUGUGGACGUGCAGUCCAAAUCUGUCUCUCCAACACCGCUGCCUUCCCAGAGGACGAAGAGUCUAAAGACCUGGAAUACAAGCUCUGAAAAAGAAGAAGGGAUAGACUUUAGUUAUGGCUCAUAUAUGAUGUUCAUAUCUCCAGUGUUGAACUACCCGAUCUAAACUGUACGCCAUGGAGUCAGUGUUCAUGUGAGGGAGACUCCACCAUGCAAACAACAGAUACCUCAGAUGGAUGCAGCUUUUUGGACUUCUUUUUAUAUCUAUUUUUUAUUCUUUUACUCGAUUUUAUUUUAUUUUUAUGGCUUCAUGUCUCCAGGAGUAUUUCAGUAACACUCCGGAGUCAUCGCACUGAAGAUGCCUCGGUAUGUUUUCUGCUGUUUUUGGACGAGGCUGUUGGAAAAACACAAGUGACCUCAAUGCCCACCGUGGUCCUGUACGUGGUCCGGUCGGUGAGUCGGAGGGGGGAUUAAGGGAACAGAGGGGGAGUGGUCCUCUCUUUGAAGCAGAGAUGCUGAAAUAGGCAAUGAUAACAAAACGCACCAAUGGGGAACAAUAAGCGUUCGACAAACAGCACACAAAGG